UCUAAUCUCAUUGUACCGGAGUCCCAAUGAAGGUGAGGGUGGUGUCACGUCGUUCUCUGUUUACCUGACAUACCUGUGCCCCUGUGUUGUUAACACACACACACAUUCACGUCCACCCUGCGGCCGAGAGAGGACGAAAACCACACUGUACAAGGAUGAAGGGGCUCCCAGUGCUGUCCCUGCUCCUCUGCAUAUGCGCCAUGUACUUUGUGGGCAUUUACCUGUUCGUGGGUGGGUUCCUGCUGGUGAGGCUGGAGGUGAACAGGACCAGCACCUGCGGAGACGUACUGCAGCCCGGAGAGGAGCCAGUGGACUUCUGCCGCGUCCAGCCUCGUUUCCGCAGGGCUGUCCUCCUCAUCAUUGACGCCCUGAAGAUCGACUUCGCCCGUUUUGACCCCAACAACACGACGCCCCGACCAUACGAGAAUAAGCUGCCUGUGCUGGAGGAGACAGCCUCAUCCAGGCCUUCUCACAGCCGCCUGUACCCCUUCCGUGCUGACCCGCCUACAACCACCAUGCAGAGAAUCAAGGGCUUCACCACUGGCUCCUUGCCCACGUUUGUGGAUGUAGGUAAUAACUUUGCGUCCAGCGCCAUCUUGGAGGACAAUCUCAUCCACCAGUUUGUUCAAGUAGGCAAGCGAGUGGUGUUUAUGGGCGAUGACACUUGGGAGAAUCUUUUUCCUAAGAAGUUCUACCGCUCUCUGCCCUUCCCUUCUUUCAAUGUCAAGGAUCUGCAUACAGUGGACAAUGGGAUCCUCCAGCACCUCUACACCACCAUGAUGGGUGGUGAUUGGGAUGUCCUGGUGGCUCAUUUCCUUGGAGUGGAUCACUGUGGCCACAGGUUUGGUCCCGACCACCCGGCCAUGGCUGACAAGCUCACCCAGAUGGAUGGGGUCAUCAGGUCUGUGAUUGACCGUCUGCAGAACGACACCCUCUUGGUGGUGAUGGGAGAUCAUGGGAUGACGGACACUGGAGAUCAUGGUGGAGAAAGUCAGAAGGAGACUGAUGCUGCCAUCUUCCUCUAUAGUCCCGCCCCUCUGUUUCCCGGACCCCCAUCACAGAACAAGAACAUGCUGUCGAACAACGGCGGCAUAUCAGCUCAGUCCACAAAUGAGCAAAUAAAGAAGCAGAACAACAUGAAAGAUCCCAGUGAACAGGAUGUGGUGCCCCAGACUGACCUGGUGCCCACCCUGGCUCUGCUGCUGGGAGUUCCCAUCCCGUACAGCAGCGUCGGGCAGGUUCUCUUGCCUUUAUUCCCUCCCCAUGGGCAGACGGAAGGUGCAGUUGGAGGUCUCAGCCAGCUGGAGGCACUGUGGAUCAAUGCAAAACAGGUAAACCGUUUCCUGGAGACUUACUCUGGCAUGGCCAAAGACAUCCCACCAGAGAGCCUCUCUCAGCUGAAGGAUGAAUUCACCCGUCUCUCCUAUGAGUACCUUACCACAAUUAGAGAGGGUCGGUCACCCUCCCCAGAGCUGGCUGCCUCACUGCAGGCCUACCUCACCUCUGUCAGAGACACCUGCCGAGCUACCUGGGCUCGAUUCAACCCUUUCAAGAUGGCAGCAGGUUUAGCCAUCCUGGCGUUUGCCUGCUUGAUGUGUUUCAUCCUGUCUGAGCUGUCCGUUGUGCUGAUCAGGGAGAAUGGUCCUGGACUGAAGGCUCCGGUUGCCGUGGCACUAACAGCGGGGGGUUGCACGGUUGCGGGUCAGUUGCUCACGCAGGGCUACAUCGAGGUAGCUUGGUGCCUGGCAGCUGCUGCCCUCAGCUCUGAACUUCUCUUGCUCUGGACAGCUUGUCGAUCUAGACCCACUGCAGUGGCGAAGAAUGGAUCUAAAGCUCCAAAGUGUUCGCGCUGGCUGACCCCACGUCAUCUCUUCAUUCCCCCUCUUGUGGUUCCACUUCUCCGUUGUGCCUCCCUGCUCUCAGAUAGCUACGUGAUUGCUGAAGGCCGGGUAGUGACCUUUCUCAUGUUCUCUCUGGCUCUCUAUAUUCCUAUCCAUCUCAACUGGGAUGGCCUACUUCUACCCCCCAGCCAUGACCCUCUGAAGUCAGCUGGGCUUCUGCCUUCCCCAGCCCUGUCUCCAUCGACUGUGAGGAAAGAAAGCAGCACCCUGCUGACCUGUGUAGGACUCCUUGUUGGCAGCCUCUACCUCUCCCUGUCCUUUCACGGCUGUCGGGAAGAGCAGGGCUCCUGUCAGCCAUCGCCGUUCCUUUCUCCUCUCUCCCGGUUGCAGGACAGCCAACUGAAGAACAUCCACUACAUCCUCUCUAUCUUCUCCCUGGGCUUGUGGACAUAUCUACUGAGACGUUGCCUCCGUCACUAUGGUAACCUCAACUCCUCAGGUGGGACAGUGUUCACAGCCCGCUGGAUCUUACCACUGCUGUCUGUCUGCCUGGGGCUCCACUGGGCUGUUAGUGCCACUCCGGAGGACAGCUUCAGGAAUCUGGCCGAGCUGAUCAGCCUGGCCCAGCUGGCCCUCCCCAGGGCCGCCUUCUGUCUCUUGGGGCUGGGGCUGUUUCUGAUCUGGCUAGACCCUCUCACUGUGUUUGUGAAGACCAGGGCUGCAGCUACAGCCAGAGGUUCUUCCCUACCCCCGCCCCGCUACCGAGCCAGCACCGGCAUCAGCCCCCAAGCCGAACUGCACCACCUCAUCCCCCAGAUCUACCAGCGCAUGCGUCGUUCCCUGGACGACGGAGAGCUGAGCAGGGGCAGCGAGGUGGACAGCGGGCCUGCAGUGGAGGCCUACGGGCUUGGAACUGUAUACUCUGCCCCGUUGCUGCUGUUCUGCGGCCUGCUGGGAAUUGGUUUGCUGCUGCUGCACCCAGAGGGCAUGUCUCUGUCUUUCCUUCUGCUGCUGCUAGAAAUGGGAGCCCUGUUACACAUUCAGGCCUCCUCCACUACCCUCAGUGGCCUACAUGGGACAUAUACUGGUGGCUUUAAUGUGCCCUGGACUCCAAUAGUGAUGUGGUCCCUGGCUGCCACCCAGUUCUUCCAUGCCACAGGUCACCUUCCCACCUUCCCCUCCAUCCAGUGGGGCGCUGCCUUUGUGGGAUUCCCUGAUGGACACACAGGCACCAUACUGCCCGCCUCACUGGUUACCCUCAACACAUUUGCUUCACACAUCCUGUUUGCAGUGGGUUGUCCCUUGCUACUGUUCUGGCCCCUGGUGUGCGAGGUACGUGGCAGCAGAGGAGGAAGAGCUUGUGGGGAAGAAGGCGAGGACGCUGUGAUGGAGAUGAGACUGAGAGAAAACCCCCAGCAGUUCAGUUCUGCUCUCCUACAACUCUCAACACGCUACCUCUUUAUUCACGGAGCACAGGUCUUUGCUUCAGUCUGUGCAGCUGCUAUCCUCAGGAGACACCUAAUGGUGUGGAAGGUUUUCGCACCCAAGUUAAUGUUUGAGGCCUCAGGGUUCCUGGUGAGCAGCGUGUCUCUGCUGAUCGGGGUCACAUUAGUGUUGAGAGUAGACGUAGCCGUGGGCCGCUGGUUUAAGAGAAUCAUCCCUGAUGCAUCCAGGUAGCGACGGCACUGGUGCUGCUGCUGCUGCUUUAUCACAGACGCCCACCUGAGCUCACCGUGCCACAGAGAAAAACGGACAUGGUGGUCACUGUAAAGUUUUUAUAUGGAAACAUUGCCAUUGGUGUCUAACAUAAGGAUCCCCACAAACAUGUCAUGUGAGGUCGCCUCUUACUGUAACUCUCUUGAGGGCUAUGUUACUGACACUGAGGCCUGCCUCGUUUUCAGCCAGAAGGACUUUAGGACAUCAAAUGUUGGACUGAACGAACUCUGAGCAUCUGGACACUUUUUUUUUCUUCCAUUUUUUUUUUUUGAUAGUGUUUUUGGAUAAAGGUUGUAAAGCACCGCACAAAUAUGAAGGGGGUUAAAGGCCUUUGAGGUCCAGAGUUGUAUGUGAUUAGGGAGAAAAUAGUAGUUACUGAAUGUUUCUCCUAAACUCCUGUUUUCUAACUUGAUGGAUGAAACCUUCCAAGCUCAACAAGCCACACAGUCUUGCAAGUGGUUCAUAGUGAAGCAGUUAAAAAGCUUCACUAAAUACAUACAGUUUACACAAGCUACAGGCCUGUCACAGCUGGCUAAUAACCUCAGUAUUGAAACAAAAUUGGCCUUUUAGUAUCUGGGGUUUUUUUUCCCCCACCUCAUAACUGAGACUGAUGUUACACUUAUGUGCAACAGAGUGGCCAAACUGACGGUUGAAUGUGAUAUAAAAAGCAGCUAUGGAAGGAAGGCUUUGACAAUUAAAUUAAGCUGACUGUUUUCCCACAGUGACAUAGAACUAAUGAGCAGGUGAAGGUUCAGCGUCUCACUGCAGAAACUGAACCCAACGUCUGGAGCUACUUUAUUAUCAUUUCGUAAAAGCAGGUCAACUCCAUUUGACGAGAUCCAUCCAAGUGCAUUACAGCAUGUCAUUUAAGUGUCUGCUGGAGGACGUUUUCCUUUUUUUUUUAUGUUUUGUAUUUUCAAGAUGUUGAAAUACCCAGUGCAUCUGAUUACUGCCAAUUCAUACUUUAUUACUGUGCUGUUUUUUUUUUUUUUUUUUUU